UUUGCUUGGUCAGCGCGGAGAGGUCCAUCGAUGGUCGCCGGCUGGGGAAAAAAAGCACACAAGGAUGAAGAGUAUUCGAGCAUACAGAAGAUAAUUGAAUUGCCCAUCGCGGACAGGGCUACGUGCCAGAAUCAGUUGAGGCAGACCGAACUAGGCAGAUCCUUCGUCCUGGAUCCAAGCUUCAUUUGUGCUGGUGGUGAGAAGGAUCAGGAUACCUGCUAGGGCAAUGGCGGCUCCGCGUUGUUCUGUCCCCUGGCCGAAUAAUACCUAGACUUACUCGUAUGUAGGGAAUCUCUGUACUGGAGUUACA